CUCUCUCUCUCUCUCUCUCUCUCUCUCUGUCUCUCUCUCUCUCUCACACCACAUCAUGACGGACGACAGAGUAUACCCUGCAUCCAGACCUCCGACCACCGCCGCGAACCCAACAUUUCCGGCGACGAAAGCUCAGCUCUAUAACGCCAACCGUCCCGCCUACCGUCCUCCGCCGCCGGGACGUGGCCGCCGCCACAGCCGCGGCUCCUGCUUUCGUUGCUGCUGCUGGACGAUCCUCGUCAUCAUCCUCCUCCUUCUCCUCGCCGCCGCCGCUGUUGCCGUCCUGUACCUCAUCUACCGACCUCACCGGCCAUCCUUCACCGUUUCCUCCCUCAAGAUCUCAUCCCUCAACUUCACCUCCUCCUCCACAACUCACCUCACCACCGCCAUUUCCCUCGCCGUCGUCGCCAGAAACCCCAACAAGAACGUCGAAUUCUUCUACGACGACACCUCCAUCAACGUCGCCGCCACCUCCGGCGAAGAUGACGUCACCAUCGGACAGGGGAGUUUUCCGGCUUUCGUCCACGGCGACAAGAACACGACUCUGCUCAGGGUCUCUGUCGGGAGCCCGGCACAGGAUCUUGACGAAUUGUCGGCGAGUAAACUGAAGGGUGAGAUCAAGAGCAAGAAAGGGUUGGAGAUGAAGAUUGUUCUCGAUACGAAGGUGAGAGUGAAGAUGGGUUCUUUGAAGACUCCGAAAACGCUGGUUAGGGUUACUUGCGAUGGGAUAAAGGCGACGGCUCCGACGGGGAAGACGGCCACGACGGCGACGACCUCCGGCGCCAAGUGUAAGGUCGAUCUCAGGUUCAAGAUUUGGAAAGUUACGUUUUAAGU